AUGGCUGUACCUGGAUCCCAACAGCCCUGCCUGCGGAAUGGCACCCUGGCACUUCUGCUCCUGCUCACCACUCUCACCUCCGGGCUUCCCUGUCACCACCUGCAGACCCUCGACAACGCUUUCCCCUGGGAACAACUCCAGCUCCUCGACCACAUGGCUCCCAACUCAACGCACACCUGUCAACUCCACAACCCGCCCUUCUUCCCCGACACCCUCCGCCGCAACAACCUCCACCCGCAACAAGCCGCCGCCGCCGCCCUACGCAUCCUACAACACCUCUUCCACACCCUCAGCGCCAACAGCACCUCCCAGCACUGGCACACCCACACACGACACCGCCUCCUCAACCAACUCCAGCACCACAUCCACCGCCUCGAGCAAUGCCGCCCCGACAACGCACGCCUCUUCAAAGGACCCCGCAACCUCGUGUUCACCAUGAAAAGGUACUUCAGGGACAUCCACCUCUUUCUCCACGCCCACAACCACAGCGCCUGUGCCUGGGAGCACAUCCGCCUUGAAGCUAUUACCUGCUUCCAACACGUGGACACACUCCUACGGCGAAUGAAGCAUCAAGGUGCUCUGGACCUCACUAAACCCACGGACAGCCAACGCCCAUCCCCAGUCAGUGCCAGUGCCCACGGAUGGGGAGAUGGCAGCAGCAGCCCAGGCUGGGAUCACUCGGCACCGCUCACGCCGCCUCCAGCCACAAUGCUGAGCUGA